UAGCAAUUCCUCCCAAAAUAAUAUUUUCUCUUCCAUCACAAAACAAAAAUAAUAUUUUCAUAUAUAUUUCUUUAAUUAGUAGAAUGAGCUAACCUCACACAAUCCAAUACUAUAUACACACACAUUUAAUUCUCAAUCUCAAACUAUUAAAGAACCCCAAUUAAAGAAACAAAAGCUUGAACUUUUCUCUUCAAUUACAACUCAAAACACUCAUCAUUUUCAUUUUUCUCCAAAACCAUACACAUAUAUAUACAUACACAUAUAUUUGCCACCAUUACAAAUAAAAAUGCUUUCUUCAUCAUCUCCAACUCUCAUCAACUCACCAUAGAAACCAACAACCCCAAACCAACCAAAGAUCAAAUCUUUUUCCCCCAAACCAACAAUGUUAGACAAUUCAAAAACUCAUCAAACCAAAAUCCCAAAACCAAUCCAAAAAACACUAAACCAAUUACAAACAUUCAAAAAUUCAAUCUUUAGCUUUCUCCUCUCUCUUCCAACCUCUCUUCUAGCUCUUCUCCUUCUCAUUCUUCUAGCCUACAAUGGCUUCUCUAUCUUCACUAUUCAUAUCCCUUUCUUAUCAAAAACCCCUUUUCCUAAAUCUCAUCAUAAUCAUCAUCUCAUUCUUCCCUCCAAUUUCUCCCGCCAAAAUCUCGCCGGAGAUCAAUGGCCGCCGGUGACCAAGCUUUCUUCUUCUUCUUAUGUUGUUAGAGAAGAAAAUGCUCCUUUGUUCAUAAAAACAAAUACCCUUUUGCCCAAAAUCGAAGUUUCAAACAAAAAAACCAGAAGAUUGAAGAAGAUGAAACGAAAGAUUCGAUCUUUAUCGAGUAGUGUAAUUAGUAGUGGUAAUAAAGAGCCGUUUUCAAAAACGGUUAAGGAGUUUUUCGAUUCUAAAAAUUGUUCAAAGCCACGUUUUUUCAUGACGUGGAUAUCUUCAUUGAAAUCAUUUGGUGAGAGGGAAUCUUUUGCUAUUGAAAGCCUUUUCAAGUUUCAUCCCAAUUCUUGUUUGGUUAUAGUUUCGAAAACUAUGGAUUCGAAUGAGGGUUUGAAUAGAGUACUUAAACCGUUUUUAAAAAUGGGUCUUAGUGUACUUGCUGUUUCACCUGAUUAUGAUUACGUUUUCAAAAACACUCCAGCUGAAAAUUGGUUUAGUUUGUUGAAAAUGGGUAAAGUGAAUCCGGGUGAGAUUCCUUUGGGUCAAAAUCUCUCUAAUUUGCUUAGAUUAGCUCUUCUUUAUAAAUAUGGUGGUGUUUAUAUAGAUACGGAUAUGAUUUUUGUGAAGAGUUUUUCUAAGUUGAAAAAUGUUAUUGGAGCUCAAACUAUUGAUUUGGAAACGGGUCAAUGGAGUAGAUUGAAUAAUGCAGUUUUGGUUUUUGAUAAAGGUCAUCCUUUAGUGUUGGAAUUUAUUAAGGAAUUUGCUUCAACAUUUGAUGGUAGUAAAUGGGGUCAUAAUGGUCCUUACUUAGUUUCAAGAGUUGUUUCAAGAGUAUUAUAUAGUAGUAGUGUUUUUAAAAAUGGUGAAGAUAAGAAGAGAUUCAAUUUUAGUAUUUUGGGUCCACCUGCAUUUUAUCCGGUUGAUUGGAGUAGAAUUGAAAGCUUGUUUUCAAGUCCAAAUGAUGAGUUUCAAUACAAAUGGGUUUUGGGAAAGUUGAAGCAUAUAAGGACAAAGAGUUUUGUGGUUCAUUUGUGGAAUAGACAAAGUAAGAAGUUGAAGAUUGAAAAGGGAAGUAUUAUUGAUUAUAUUAUGAAAGAUAGUUGUGUUUUCUCAUGUAAUUCUUUGUUAAUCUCUUCUCUCUAAUUUUAUGAGUGAGUGAGUGAAUUUUUUUUUGUUUAGCUAUAAAUGGGGUCAUAUAAAGAAUAAGACUUUUGAAAAAGGUGUAAAUUGUCUUUAUACUAUAUAUAUAUAGAGAGAGAGAGAAAGAGAGAAGAAAUGUAAGAGAUUGUUUAAAGUUUUGAUGUUUUAUAGAUUAAUUCAAUAGCCAAACCCUUUUCA